AUGUCGGUCUGUGUUUUGGGUGUGUCUGCCUGGAUGAGGGAUUACCUGAACAAUGUGUUUAUUUUAACCGCCGACACCAGGCUGGAGGAAGCAGUGAUUCGGACCUAUUCCCCAGUGGUCCAUCCAGUAAUGAUUGCUGUGUGCUGUUUUCUAAUCAUAGUGGGGAUGCUUGGUUAUUGUGGAACAGUGAAAGGCAAUCCACUGCUACUUUCUUGGUACUUUGGAAGUUUAUUGGUGAUAUUUUGUGUGGAGCUGGCCAGUGGUGUGUGGACCUACGAAGAAAAAAUGGUCCCUGUUCAAAGGUCUGAUAUGAUCAGUUUGAAAUCUAGAAUGCCCAAUUAUGGUUUGUCAAGGUUCCAGUGGCUAACCCAUGCCUGGAACUUCUUUCAGAAAGAGUUCAAGUGCUGUGGUGUGAUGUACUUCACUGACUGGCUGGAAGUAACAGAGAUGGAGUGGCCCCCUGACUCGUGCUGUGUUCGAGAGUUCCCCGGAUGUGCCAGGCAGGCGCACUAUGAAGACCUGAGUGACCUCUACCAAGAGGAUGAGGUGUGA